AUGCAGUAUGAGAAAUGCCAGUGCCUUGAGAGCCAGAAUGCCAUCCUCUAUACUCUCCUGAGCCAAGACCAGCGGGAGAGCUGCAGCCCUUCCCAGCAGCGCUGUCUGUGCCAGAAACGCCGCACCGUCUGCCUCCAGACACCUCAAGUCACCUGCCAAGCAGCUUCGGAUGUCUUGGUGAAGACUGUCAGCUUUGUGAAGAAUCUCCCUUCCUUCCAGCUGCUCCCAUGGGAAGAUCAGCUCCUGCUCCUGGACAGCUGCUGGGCUCCCCUUUUCCUCCUUGGCCUCGUCCAAGAGAUGGUGACCUUUGAAGUCAUAGAGACCCCGGCUCCCAGCAUGCUCAAGAGGAUCCUUCUCGAUGGCCAGUGCAAGAGGCAGGAGCUGCAGAGGGCUCAGCCCACCCUAGCCAGUGUCCAACGUCUCCAGUGCAGCUUAAACAAGUUCUGGAGCCUUGACCUCAGCCCAAAGGAGUAUGCCUACCUGAAAGGGGCUAUGCUUUUCAACCCCAACGUGCCUGGUCUCAAGGCCUCUGCUUACAUUGAGAGCCUCCAGCGUGAAGCCCACAGAGCACUCCAAGACGUCCUGGCACUUUCCCAUCUGGAGGACAAAGACUGCUUUGCUCGUGUCCUGCUGAUAGCAUCUACCCUGAAAUCCAUCCCUCCUCCACUCAUUACUGACCUUUUUUUCCAGCCAGUGAUUGGCAACACAGACAUUCUGCAGCUGCUUACAGAAAUGCUGGUGAUGAAAUAG